UGGUGCAUUUUCCUAUUUUCACUUCUCUUGUGGUGUGUGAAUUUUACUACAUGCUGGAAAAUCGGUUGUAGUGUGCUUUUAAGGCGAUUUUUGCAAUAAUUUUUCCAACCAAGUAUAAUAAAAUUAUAGAAAAAGCACAUUUGCAGGGUAAACAUUUGCUAGCCAGUAAAAUUUGUGCUAAAGAGUCAAACGAAAAAUCCGAUACAAGCGCUCAAGUAGUGAAAACAAGGAACAACAACACAUCACAACAACAAUCAAGUACCCUCCAAAAUUCAGGUUUUUCGCACGUUUGCCGCCUCUUUUGCCGUGUAUGGGAAACGCUUUGAGUGGUCAAAAAAUAAAUAAAAAAAGGCAAUACAAUAAAAAGGUGUACUAAAUUAAGCUGGAAAUUGCAAAACAAAUCGUUUAAAAGCGAAAUCGUUUGCUGCAAACAAGACAUGACCUUGCCCGGGAAUCCUGUGAUGUCUUCUGUUGAAUUUAACUGCUAUGACACGAUGUCCUAUUCGCCUGAACACAAUGCCUCGCUUACAUUAGAUGACCAUAUUUAUCAACACCGUCCAAGUGUAAACGCUCCGCUACUACAACAGCAACAAGAACAUCAAGACUUAGCAUUGCAAGCGCAACAACAGCCGCUGCAAAUAAUGCAACAAACGCUACCUACAGCAGCACCACCUUUGCAACCCCUAAACAUAACACUACAACAGCAAAAACUAAUAUCACUUGAAAUGCAUGCAACAACGUAUCCACAGCAACGGCAAUGCGAACAAACAUCAGCACAGUUCCCCACAGCGACCGCAUCAGCCACUGUAUUCUCUUCGCUCGAUUUGGCUGUGGAUAAUGUGAUGCCAGGAAUAUACUUGACAAAGAAUUUCAUAGCUUGGAAUGAGGAAAAUUUGCGCUCUCAUGGCUUCACACACAUUAUUAUCAUCGAUAAGCACAUACAAGAAUUAUACUAUCCUUCGCCGAUAUUUAAACUCUCAACCGAAAAUACUGCUGUUGAUGCAUUUGACUCUUAUGAGUAUAUUAGUCAUCCGGCAUGUACUUCACUCAAAUUUGGCAAAGAGUUUGAGGCCAUCGAUUUGAAUUUUGGCGAAAAGUCGUAUUUGACUACAGUGCUGCCGAAUUGCUAUCGCGCAGUCAGAUUCAUAAAUAAAGCUAUACAAGCAGGUGGUACUAUCUUAGUGAUUGAUUGUAACGGGAGCGAGCAGAAGUGCCUCACAAUUGUAGUGGCAUAUCUGAUGUACAAACACAAUAUAAGUUUUAGCAAUGCUUUUGCGCGCCUAAAAGACUACUAUAAAAAGGCUGAUUUGGAUCGUUUUUACAUGAGACAAUUAUAUGAAUAUGAACCCAUACUACAGGUGCAGCGAGCACAAUCGCGCGGUCAGAGCUGCUCACGUGAAAUGCAUUCGGCUAUACUGAAGCGCAAGAAAGACGAUGACGAUAUUGAUGUCAAUGAUUGUAGCAACAAUGGCAUGCCAUUUACCGCUGGAACGGAUAUGAGUAGUACGAAUGAAUUUUUUACCACGUUCAAUCCAUUGUCUAAUUUUCAUGCUGCAACAAAACAAAGAAGUUUAAAUGAAAUAAAUAGCUUGCAUGAAUGCCACCGCCAAAUGCUGCAGCGCAAUCAAUUUAAUAGGACACCGCUGUCACAAACGAACCCUCGUGCUACUGCAAUUUAUACCAACAGGUAUAGCCCUGUCAGCGACGAUUAUACUAUGGAGUAAGAAAAGAACUUAGUUGUACUUUGCAUAGAAUACCUAUAGUUAUAAGUCAAAAUUUGGAAGGCUGCAAGAAAACUGCAAGAAUGUACAUAGUUUGACCGCUCUUCCCCGCAACGGACGGCGAUAUUCCUAGGUUAGUAAUAAUGUAUAUAUACAUCCAUAUAAACUCAGUAUAUAUGUAUGUAGGUACAUACAGAUACAUAUCGUCAAUGUUU